AUGGAGGAAGAUGAGGACGAGUAUGAAGAGAUAACACAGGAGGAUUGCUGGACAGUUAUUUCCAGUUUCUUCGAACAAAAAGGUCUUGUCCGGCAGCAGCUCGACUCCUUCGAUGAAUUCGUACAGAAUACCAUGCAGGAGCUCGUGGACGAGAACGCAGAUCUUAUCCUCGAUCAGGCCGACCAACAUACCGGACACGAAUCAGACAUGACGCGGCGCUAUGAAAUUAAAUUUGGUCAAAUCUACCUCUCGCGUCCAACCGUGACGGAGGCAGAUGGGUCUGUCGUGCCAGUUUUCCCUCAGGAGGCUAGGUUGAGGAACCUUACUUAUUCUGCUCCGUUGUACAUCGAGAUGAAGAAAAGGGUUCUGAUUGGGCAUUCGGACCCCAAUGGUGGGCAAGGAGACAUCUUGUGGGAUGCUGAGCAUGAAGAGUCACCGGAAGACACCACAAAAGUAUGGAUCGGCAAGGUCCCUAUCAUGCUUAGGUCGACUUUUUGUAUCCUUCGUGGGCUGCAAGAUCAGGACUUAUAUGAUCUGAAUGAAUGUCCGUACGACUCUGGAGGAUAUUUUAUCAUCAAUGGGUCUGAAAAGGUGCUCAUUGCUCAAGAGCGAAUGGCCACCAACCAUGUCUAUGUGUUUGCCAAGGCGCAGCCAUCUCCAAUCAAUUUCCUGGCUGAAAUUCGUAGCGCCGUAGAGAAGGGUGGAAAAACUAUCAGUCAGUUCCAGGUCAAAAUGUUCCACAGGAACCAAGAACGAUCGCUUGGCAAUGUUAUGAAGGCUACGAUACCAUAUAUCAAAGUCGAUAUUCCAAUAUGGGUUGUUUUCCGUGCCCUCGGCGUGAUAUCUGAUCGUGAUAUCCUCGAACACAUAUGCUACGACAUGCAAGACGCCCAAAUGCUCGAGAUGUUGAAGCCUUGUAUUGAUGAUGGUUUCGUCAUUCAAGACCGUGAGGUUGCCCUCGAUUUCAUUGGUAACCGUGGAACGACAACCGGUCUUUCUCGCGAGCGACGUAUUCGUUAUGCUCAAGAAAUUCUACAGAAAGAGAUGUUGCCCCACGUGUCAAUGGCUGAAGGAUCAGAGUCGAAGAAAGCGUAUUUCUUUGGAUAUAUGAUUCAUCGUCUGUUAUUGGCAGCUUUAGAGAGACGAGAGUUGGAUGAUCGUGAUCAUUUCGGGAAAAAACGAUUGGAUCUCGCAGGUCCUUUGCUUGCCAACCUUUUCCGUAUGUUGUUCAGGAAGUUGACGAGGGAUGUCUAUCGAUAUUUGCAGAAGUGUGUUGAAACCCACAAGGAAUUCAAUCUCUCGCUAGCGGUUAAGCAUCAGACCAUUACCAACGGUUUGAAGUAUUCGCUUGCAACUGGGAACUGGGGUGAUCAAAAGAAGUCGAUGUCCUCAAAGGCUGGAGUAUCGCAGGUGCUGAACAGGUAUACAUACGCUUCAACGCUUUCUCACUUACGUCGGUGUAACACUCCCCUUGGACGAGAAGGAAAGAUCGCCAAACCUCGUCAACUGCACAAUACCCAUUGGGGUAUGGUUUGUCCUGCUGAGACACCCGAAGGACAAGCUUGUGGUCUCGUAAAGAAUUUGGCUCUUAUGUCCUGUAUCUCUGUCGGUUCCUACUCUGCCCCUGUCAUCGAGUUUUUGGAAGAAUGGGGUCUGGAAUCACUGGAAGAAAAUGCUCACUCGUCGACGCCUUGCACAAAAGUGUUCGUGAAUGGUGUUUGGAUGGGUGUUCACCGUGAUCCUGCCAACCUUGUCAAAACAAUCAAAAAGCUUCGUCGGAAAGACGACAUCAGCCCUGAAGUCUCUGUUGUUCGUGAUAUCCGCGAGAGAGAAUUACGACUUUACACCGACGCCGGUCGUGUCUGUCGUCCUCUUUUCAUUGUCGAAAAUCAACAGCUUGCGUUGCAGAAAAAGCACAUCAAGUGGUUGAAUCAGGGUUACCGAGAUGAUGAUGGCGAGGAGUAUAAAUGGGAGCAUUUGGUGAAAAGUGGAAUCAUUGAACUUUUGGAUGCUGAAGAAGAAGAGACGGUCAUGAUCUCGAUGACCCCAGAGGAUCUGGAGAACUCGAGAUUGCAGUCGGCAGGAAUUGACCCUCACACAAAUGAUGGUGACUAUGAUCCUGCGGCUAGGCUGAAGGCAGGCAAUAAUUCGCACACAUGGACACAUUGUGAGAUUCACCCAAGCAUGAUUCUUGGUGUAUGCGCUAGUAUUAUUCCUUUCCCCGAUCAUAACCAGUCUCCUCGUAAUACUUACCAAUCAGCCAUGGGAAAACAAGCCAUGGGUAUCUACCUAACCAAUUUCCUCGUUCGGAUGGACACGAUGGCAAAUAUUCUAUACUACCCACAGAAGCCUCUGGCUACCACUCGUUCGAUGGAAUACCUGAAAUUCCGAGAAUUGCCUGCCGGUCAAAAUGCAAUCGUCGCAAUCUUGUGUUACAGUGGAUAUAACCAGGAAGAUUCCGUCAUCAUGAACCAAAGCUCAAUAGAUCGUGGUCUUUUCCGGAGUAUAUAUUACCGGAGCUACAUGGAUCUCGAGAAAAAGAGCGGUGUACAACAGCUUGAAGAAUUCGAGAAACCUACUCGGGAUAACACGCUGAGAAUGAAACAUGGGACGUACGACAAACUCGAAGACGAUGGUUUGAUCGCACCUGGUACCGGAGUAUCUGGAGAAGACAUCAUCAUUGGAAAGACAGCGCCAAUCCCUCCAGACAGCGAAGAAUUGGGACAACGGACGCGGACCCAUACUAGACGGGAUGUGUCUACACCUCUCAAAAGUACCGAGAAUGGUAUCGUCGACCAGGUCCUAAUUACCACGAAUUCGGAAGGACAGAAGUUCGUUAAAAUUCGUGUGCGUUCGACCCGUAUACCGCAGAUUGGUGACAAGUUUGCCUCUCGCCAUGGACAGAAAGGUACAAUUGGUAUCACUUAUCGUCAGGAAGAUAUGCCUUUUACCGCAGAGGGUAUUGUUCCGGAUAUUGUCAUUAACCCCCAUGCUAUUCCAUCUCGGAUGACAAUCGGUCACUUGGUCGAAUGUCUUCUCUCCAAGGUUGCAACUUUGAUCGGUAAUGAAGGUGAUGCAACGCCGUUCACCGAUUUGACUGUUGAGUCGGUAUCGACGUUCCUACGUCAGAAGGGCUACCAGUCGCGUGGUUUGGAAGUCAUGUACCAUGGUCAUACUGGGCGAAAGCUACAAGCUCAAGUUUACCUUGGUCCUACAUACUAUCAACGCUUGAAACACAUGGUGGAUGACAAAAUCCACUCUCGUGCGAGAGGUCCUGUACAAAUUCUAACCAGACAGCCGGUGGAGGGUAGGAGUCGUGACGGUGGUCUUCGUUUCGGAGAGAUGGAACGUGAUUGUAUGAUCUCACAUGGUGUGGCUGGAUUCUUGAAGGAGCGCUUGUUCGAGGCUAGUGAUGCGUAUCGACUGCAUGUGUGCGAUAUCUGUGGUUUAACUGCCAUCGCCAAUCUGAAAAAGCAAAGUUUCGAGUGCCGUGCUUGCAAAAACAAGACAGCUUGUUCGCAGUUGUAUAUUCCAUAUGCUGCAAAGUUGUUGUUCCAGGAAUUACAAAGCAUGAACAUUGCUGCUCGGUUAUAUACGGUGUCUACCGGUCGUGUCCGGGAUGGGUCAUAGGUUGAUUUAAUACAGCUCUAGCUGUUCCACUGAAGUCCAUGUAUUCUACAUAUAAUGAUUAACAGAGCUGUUUCAAUAAGACAAA